UUAAUUUUCUACCAAACGAGCUAGCCAACAGUGAGUACAACCUCUUGUUUGUGCUAUAUAAAUCAGCCCCCCAGAGGGCCAUUCUCAUCCUGCGAUAACAAAGAAUCUCGGAUCUCCGCAUAAUUUUUUUCUGCAAAUUGUUGAAUUGGCAUAUAUACCUGCAAUUCCAGCAGAAAAAUAUGAGGAGAUCUGCAAAGAAGCAAGUAAUUUGUUCUCCUCCUCCUCGGCCUUGUCGUAAAGCAAUUACCAAGAGCAUUUCAAAGGCUCGUCCAGCACACUCGCUUUUCGCAUGGCAUAACGAUGAUAUUUGGACGGCGAUUUCUCGAUUCCUCGACGCAAAAGGUGUUGUAAGUUUAGCAGCGACGAGCAGACGCUUCUAUGAGUUAAUGAUGGACAGCAGCAUUUGGAAAUCAAUCUGUCUUCGUGAUCUGCGAGUCCCUCCACCACGAGAACCUCUUAAUUUUAGCUGGAAGGAUCUUUACAUUUCGGCCUUUAACGGAAGCCAUUCGUACAGCUUUCGUCAGGUCGAAAAGCAUAUCGAUUGGAUGAGAAUCGGAGCAUUGUGCUUCGAAUCGGGCAUGGUACUUGUCACUGACAAACUUUCCGAAGUUGUAAGCUCGUUUUCGAACAACAAAUUUAAUCUCCCGACUGGUUCAGGCCUCAUAUCGAACGUGAAAAAAGGAAUAUGGAUCUCAGAUCUUCAACUGGUGCGCUGUCCUGUCUGCAAUCUUAAAACUUGUGAAGGCACAAUGCAAACCCUAGACAUCCGACAUCUCGAGCUGUUUCUUCAUAAAGAAUACAAAGAAGGAAGCUGGGAGUAUAGAGAAAUGGGCUCGCAUAUAGUUCAAAGAAACUGCUCUGCAGCUAUGGCAGGAAUUUUUGACGCUAUGCUCAUCGAAACGAAUUCUACAUCAGAACUGCUGGAUUUGAAAUCUUGGACGGGCAAACCAGGAGAGUGGGAACCCAAGGUGAAAAUAUCCUUACAUGCGACUGCAGUAAGCACAAAUUUACAAGAUAACGAAGGUAUUCACGUUCGAUACCAUAUGAUGAAAGCAGGAGAUGGAGGACCUGUAGUGGCAAUCCGUGUUUCUCAACAACUCAUCUGAUAUUUUUCUCGCAGCUUCAAUUUAGUCCUUCAAUGGAGCGACCUGAAUAUACGAACAAAAGUUUUUCCUCUUAUCCAAGUCAAAUUAGAAAGAGCUGUUUUCAGACUUGAAUAUUAUAAUUUUGGAAGUAUUGACCUCCAACAAUUCCUUUGUAGGAAAAGGAAAAAGGAUGUUGAGAUUCUGGUCUUUGCAUUCAGGUUUUAUUGACAUUUUUAAAAUGUGGACUUUAGGAAAAUAUAGUCUCUUAUAGAACCAAGAAAUUAGAAGAUAUUUUAACACAUCUUCCUAAAAGCAUUCUCUCUCCAUUUCUUAACUGUCCUCGAAGUCUAUAUGGUAGUGUAAACAUACAUGCUUGCUUACCGUUCUCUCAUAAAACAAUAAAUUUCUAUUUUUAACA